AUGUCCUACUUCCGCAUUACCCUGCUUCGCUCGUCGAUCGGUCUGCCCAAGCAGGCGUCGGGCGUCCUCAAAGCGCUGGGUCUGCGCAAGCGCAUGAAGACUGUCUACCAUCCCGUUUCACAACAAGUCGCCGGUCAGAUCUUCGCCGUCAAGGAGCUCGUCGACGUUCAGGAGGUCGAUCAGAAAUUCACGCCGGAAGAGCUGAAGGAGUUGAGGAGACCCGAUUCUGGCUUUUACGUCGAAAGUCGUCAUCAAGAUCAACGCAUGGACUGA